CAAAGUUAAUCUUUUCUAAUCCUAGAGUAGAUUGUCUUGUUACUUGAGAGUAAAUAAAUGGAGCUACUAUUAAGUGUCAUAUGAGUGAAGUACAUAUUUGUUUGUAAAUUUUGGGGUUAGUUUUUCAUUGUAAUGUUCAGUGUGUGACCUCUUUGAAAAAAAAAUCAAAAAAAAAGAAAAAAGAAAAAAAAAAGAGAUGGAAAAUUGAAAAAAAAGACAAAAAAAAACAAAAAAAAAACAAAGAGGCACAUUAAAUUCUUGUUGUAAUUUCUUUUGUAAAACCCCAUUUUUUUUUACUUUUCAUGUUUAUAUUUCUCAUUGUUUUGUAUGCUCCAAGUUGUUGUAAAUUCUUGUGAUGAUCCGCUCAGUAUUAGUACAAUCUAACUUUCUCUGUAUAUUCUUACACCAAACUUUCCUUCCAACUAGCCACACUCAUUAAUCUCGCCACUCACCGAAAAAAGUCCUAAUUGAUCUAUUUGUGUCAUUUUUUGAAUUUAGCGGAUUGGAGAAACUUGUUCUGCAUAACCCGAACUAAUUUAGAUCUAUAGGUGUUUGUGUUAAAAGUUUGAUUUGAAAAUCUUAGUGAUAGGCAAUAAUACUCGGUUUACUCUCAAUGCGUUAUUUUGUGACAUUUCAGGGUAUUGGACCGUUUAGUGGACAUUAGAGGUGGAUAUGUGAUUUAUUUAGUUAUGUUUGUAAAUCUUAUCAAAUUGUGUAUAUUUUUGUGUUUGUUGUUUGUUUUACUUGAGGACAAGCAAAAGCCUAAGUGUGGGGGAUUUGAUGUACUUGUAUUUUACACACUUUUUAGGCUUAGUUUGUUGUUAAUUUUAGUUAUUAAAAUUCUACUUUUGUACAUAUUUUUAUAAUUUGUCGUUAGUUUGUACUUGUGCAGUCCUACACGGGUAUUUUGUAUUUUCAGGUACUUUUGAUGCUAUUUGGAUACAUUAGAGCGAACAAAAGAAGAAAAUAAAAGUUCAAGUUGGAAGUCAAUAAAAGUGGAAUUUUCUUCAAAACAAAUAAGGAGUAAAUUGAAGAAAAGAAGCAAAAAAUAAAAAUGAUGGAGCUGGGAUUUGAUCCCUGGAGAAAGGGUAGAAGAAUGCCUACUACAACCAGUGUGCUAAGUGAUCAAUGUUGUACAUAUUCAGCUGGCAAUUGUUAUAUUCCUUCUGAACGCGGCAAAGAAAAGAACAAAAUGUUGAAGCCGAGAAUCGAUCCCACGAUCUCCGAGUUUUCCCAUGAAGUGCUUAUCCGUUGAGCUACCUGCCACUGUUGAAACUUUACUGCGCUUUGUUGUACAUAAACUCAACUGUUCUGUAAAUCCCAGCAAUUAAUGAUUAAUCACCUUAUCAUUAUAUUGCCUUAAUCCAUCUUCCUCCACACAUAAGCUCGGACCAACCUCUCUCUAAACAUCCCAGAAACAUUUCCUCCUCCUUCUCUCUUCAUUUCUCAACCCCAAAUCAUCAACCCAUCUUCAACCAUAACUAAUCACUUUCUCAUCCAAGAUUAAGUCAAGAUUAGCAUCAAAGCUCCAAGGAUUGUCAUCAAUCACAAGUUUGAUCUUCCUUAUCUCAUUAAAUCUUGUACUUUAAUCAUGGAUUCAUCUAUUUCUAUGUUUCCCAACAUGUAUAGCUAAAUAAAUUUGGGGCUAGAAAUUGGUUAAUUAAUUGUUCUUAUAAUGUUUUAAUUUGUAUUGAUUUUAAUUGUUAAGUUUGUUCUAUUUAGAUUGUUGUGUCCAGAAAAUUAAUUAUGUCGUGUUUGUGAUAUAUAUUAUGAGUACUCAAUCAUAAACAUAUUGUUUGUUAAAUACACAAAUGAACACUUUCUGAACACACCGUUAAACUUCUUUUACCUUGUCCCGGAUUAAAGUUUUACGGGAGAAUUUAAUUAUUUAAUUAUAUUAUUUACACCACGGGGUUGGGUAAAUAAUAUAGUUAAUAAUUAAGGUUGCCGUUGCACUUAAACAACUAGUCUCAUUUUGGCCAUCACUGGGAAAUGUUGACUAGUUACUUAUUUUAGGUGACUUGUGUUGGGUCCUAAAAUAUUUAUCUACAACUUCUCACAAUCUAUCUAAGAAUAAAAUUAGCAAUUAUGUCUUACAAAUGAGCAUUGAACAAUUAGUUGCCAAUUUCUACCCCUACUUGCUAUUGGUUGAACUUUGUGUUGAUAAAAGUCUCUUCUCUCAAUCACUUUUAUUUAAUUACUUUUCCAAGUAACAAAAAUCAAAAGAAACGCAUUCCCAACUUUAAUCCUUAGUUUGUGCUUAAUUAUUUUAUUUCCCGCUUCUCUGUGGUUCGACACCCUACUUCCUUGGGUAAAAAAAAUAGUUGUGUGCCCAUUAUAUGCUACACACCAUACAUCCCCCCAGGCAAAGACAUCCAUGAUGCACUGGAGGAGGCGGUGAUAUACGACAAAUGGCCAAGAAAAUGGACAGAAUGGGAUGAUCUUCGGGUUGAAGCCGAGCAAGAAGACAUGCAAAGAAACUGGUGGCUACGAGAGCUGAUCAACAAAUGCUCUGAAGAUAUUAUACGGCUCGAGGACAAUGAACGCAAGGAAGGGGAGAAUUAUAAGGAAUCCCAGAAGACUCUUGAAUCAGUCGUAAGACAAACAGCGGGAAGACUUCCCAAGACAGAGAAACCCUGUGAUAAUGUUCGUAUCAAAGCCCCCUUCCAAGAAGAAAUCAGAAAGCAAAUCUGGCGUAGACCAAACAAAGUCAAGCCACUGAACGAACUGAAGCUAAGAGGCCUUACUCAUUUGAAAGGAAAGCAGGCUGGAGGUCAUCUGCAUAUGUUGCUGCAAAGGUCAACCGGUACACAGAGAGAAUUAAUGGAACAAGAUCUAAAGUCGAAUAUUCUCCCGAUUCAUCAAAUUCUACAAGUGAAGGCUGAAGACUAUCAUGGAGUAACAUUCUACACUUUCAGACUUCAACGCACCGAUGGGAGCGAAUUCACUUGUCAAGAGAACGACUUCAUCAUGCUAAAACCGGAUGACAUCUACCAAAUGCUCAUGGCCUACAGAUACCUUCCAGUCAGGCAGAGCAUAGUAUACAACGAAGGCCUCGCAGCUAUCAAGAGAUUCAUGCUUAGACAGAUCCGAGUACAUUCUUCACAUGAUCUACAGAUGGCUAUUGAAUGCAAUCUGAAGAAGACAAAUCUGACAAAGCCAAAACUGUAUGGUCCAGAACUUGAAGAUUUCCCAGCCUACCACAUCUUCUUCACACCGCCAGCAGUCACCUAUCUGAACUACAAGAACGAAAAGCGUCUGAUGGUAGUCAGUGAAAUCGAGAAGUACUGCGACGGAACACUGAAGAUAAUCAGAGAGCAGAUUCUACAGAUGAAGGCAAAGCUGGAAGAAAAUCUUCAAGAGGCAUCGUCUUAUGUUCAAAAGGAACACUCUACUUUAGAGACAAUUUUAAAGGCCAUUGACGAUCGCCUCGAAAAGAGAAAUGUGCUGAGGCAGUAUGAACAUGCACUUGGAUUAAGGAAGCACUACUUCAAAUCACAGAAGCAAUAAGAGAAUGACACUUGAUCACAAAGGGGGAGAUUGUUGGAGAUAUUUAAUUGUGAAUCAAGUUGGUCAUAGAUUAGCUUUAUAUUUAAUCCUUGUAUUUAAAUAGUGCAUAAAUUAGAUAGAAAUCAGGCCAAGUGUUAGGCCCAUUUAAACAGGCCAAAAGCCUGGUACGCCUAACCUAAACCUCGCCUAUAAAAAGGGAGCCGAGGUUUAGGAAAAGGUUGAACGUCGUACUUAUUACUCAUAGCCUUACGCUUAUCAUUCUGAUGUACGUUCCACGGUUUAUCAAAGAAGGUUUUA